GGGAGUCCGUCCAGCUGCUCUCGCCGAGGACGCCGUCAGCCCCGGCGACGCUCGCAGAUGUCUGAUGGACGCCGAAGGACCAGGAUCAUGUUAGCGGAAUAAGCUCGGACGCUCCGCACGCGAACGGCUUCCACAUGGCGGAUGUGAAGAUGUGGGCCUUGAUGGGAGCCGUGUGCCUGUUCCACUGCGUCGUCGGACAGCUGCUGAAAGGGGCCCCCCGUCUUCUCUGCAGCGUCCCCGGGGCCCCGGGACCCCCCGGCAAGCCCGGUCCGGCCGGGACCCCGGGACCGGACGGGAACGCCGGCGUCCCCGGGAGAGAUGGCAGAGAUGGCAGGCCGGGGGAGAAGGGCCAGAAGGGAGACCCAGGUCUGAAGGGCAGGGUGGGGCCCGCGGGCAAGAUCGGCGAGCGCGGCGAGCGAGGGCCGACGGGUAAACGAGGUCCCGGGGGGGAGAACGGAGACAAAGGCCCCCCGGGCCCCGUCGGCCGCGACGGCGAAAAAGGACAGAAGGGCCAACGCGGCGUUCGCGGGACGGCGGGAAAAUGCAAAUGCGGGAGCCUCACGCCCAAAUCGGCCUUCUCGGUCGGCAUCACCAACAGCUACCCGAAGGAGAACACCCCCAUCAGGUUCAACAAGGUUCUGCUCAACGAGGGCGGCCAUUAUAACCCACAGACGGGCAAGUUCAUCUGCGCGUAUCCCGGCAUUUAUUUCUUCUCCUACGACAUCACCCUGGCCAACAAACACUUGGCCAUCGCGCUGAUGCACAACGGACAGCAUCGCAUCAAAACCUUCGACGCCAACACGGGCAACCACGACGUGGCGUCCGGAUCCACGGUGAUGUUCCUCAACCCCGAAGACGCCGUGUGGCUGGAGAUCUUUUACCACGACCAGAACGGUUUAUUUGCCGACCCGGGCUGGGCGGACAGCUUGUUCUCGGGCUUCUUGCUCUACGCCGACACGGACUACUUUGACACACUGGCGGACGAGUACUCAUAAGGAGAACCCAGAAUCAAGCUGAGCUAGCAAGCUAAUUACUGCGGGCUUGAUAGUUUUAUCGUGUUUUCAGAGUAUUUUUUACUGUUAUCACAUUUCCUCAAAUAGUGACCACCCCUCUUGUAUUUCGCCUCAACUAAACUCGACAAUAAACAGCUCGCUCAAAUUAGCUCCCCCAUUUGAGCUUCUUUGCUAGCCAAAACAGGAGCACCUCCCGAGGCACGUAGAUUGCGGCGUCUUACCGUAUUUUAUUAACAGUUUUCUGGUGUCUUUUUUUUUUUUUUUUUUAAAGCUAUUGGUUACAUCAACAUAUAUGCCCCCAACGACAAGUAAAAAUACAAGUGGAUGUGAUUUUCAGAUUCAGUGAUGCAAAAUUGUCCUAAAUCAAGUGCAAACAAAUAUAUAUAGACAACUUAUAUUUUUUUAUACCAUUGUAACUAUCAAAUUAAAAGUAACAUACAUUCUUACAUGUAUUUCCCAAAUAUAUUGGUGUGUGAUGUAAUGAUAUAGAUGUAGGCCUAUUAUUCAAAUGUUAAAUUAUCUUGUGAGAAAGUUUUGAUGCUUUUAUAUUUUUCAGAUAUUGCUGCGUGUGUGUGUGUGAGAGAGAGAGAGAGAGAGAGAGAGAGAGAG